AUGCUUAGAGCCGCCUAUCCCUUCGCGACCAGUUACAAUACGUUGUUACUGGUAGUAACCAAGCACCCAAGUUACAACGCGCGGCGGCGCAUCACACCACUUGAAACCAUCCAACCACUGCCAUCUAAAAAGUUAGCAGAGGACAGAAAUCCAUAUUUUUCAAAGAGUCCGAUGGCUUUUUGCCACCAUUCUUCAGCUACAUUCCCAUAG